AUGAGUUCUGGUUGCAUGGGUGUAGAUGUCACUGUGGAAGAGGGUAAUGUAUUGACAGAGAGUGAUGAUGGUAGCAGCAACAAUAAUAAUAAUAAUAACAAGAAUAACAACAAUGUAGAAGUGGGAGGAGACGAGAUGGACCUCCAAUCCUCAGAAGAGCAUUAUCUGAAGGAUGUAGAAUUGGCAUUUCAUGUCUCUACAGAUAAACCACUGAAACGACUACCAUGCCCUUUGGAAAAGAAUUUACAACAAGAGCAACAACGAGAAGAAAAAGCAAAAGAAGAAACAAAGCCGGAAUCUGGAUUGGAGUCUGAAGGUUCAUCCGAGUAUUAUAGACAGAUAUUAUUUCAACGUGGUGAAGAACUACUGCAGGCUGGCACACACUUUGAUCGAUGCGUUGAAGAAGCUGAAAAGCAAUUAGAUCAGUUGAAACAAUCCCUUGAUCCACGUAUGGUUAGUUUUCGCAAAGAGGGAGAUCAUCAACUUGGUUUACAACAACCUUCUCUACAUUUCAUACGAGAUCGUUACUCUUUCUGUGAGGCAGAAGUGGAACCAGAGCCUCAACAACCAGAAGUAAUACCCGCCCAUUCAGAUCUCUCAUCAACAUCCACAAAUUCCAUUGCCGCUAUGGUUACAGUUGCCGAUGUACCCCUUAACAGAGCAUCCCCUGACUUUUAUAAGAAAUUGCUUAUGAGUCGAGAUGAUGAAUUGCAAAAGGCUAAAAAAGAAUUUGAACGCUAUACUGCUGAGCUUGCAAAGCACUUUAAGAAACCACCAGUCGUACUUCCCGAUCACUUGAAAAACUGUUUUACCGGUGAGAAUGUUAUUGUUGCGAGAGAUCACAAGGGACGUAUGGAUAUUCCCACACACUCACUUAAUGAAUCCAAAGAUCCAAGCCGCCACGACGACGAAGUGGGUGGAACCCUCGUCUCACUGCACACACAAUUAGAGAAUAGUGUUUGCAGGAAAACAUCAUGGCAAAUACAAGGCGAACAACAAGAACAAAUGGCAGUUGAUAAUAAUGAUGUGGAACCACCACCGCGAUUUACAGUUGUUUCCCUUCCCAACGGUGAUGUGCGGGAGUGUGAUGCGUUGGCUGGACGGGCGUAUUGGGAUGCGGCGGAGCCGGUGGAUGCGCCCCGAGUGGUGCCCAGUCAACUCUUGGAUGAACGCAUUGUGGAGGCUUAUCACAAUUACCGCUAUUACUCCCGCCGCUGGCAGGCACUGCUGGUGGAUCUCGCGAAUGCAAUCGGCGGAGAGGACGGCGCGGAGUUGUUGCGCAGAUAUGAACAACGCGAGGAGUCACUGCCACUUUCACCGCGGUGCCAGCGUGCAUUUUACGAGUCGGUUGUGGACUAUGAUGAGUUGCUGCUGCAGCAAGAGACUAUUAUGGAGGCGGUAGAGCGGGACCUGGAGGAGUUUCAUGCUCGUUUACUUGAUAGUCCUGUAGUUAAUAUGUAA